GCAGAGUAGUUGAAAGCAAUUUGGUUAUGUGAAAUUGUUUUCUUGUAUGUAUAUUUGGUUGACUGAUUUAUUUGAAAACAUUCAUCGAUCAUCCCGAUUUUAUUAAUAAUUAUUUAAAUUUUUGAGUUAAAUAUGGAAAAAAAUAGAGAAACGGUGCUAUUAGGAUUUGAAGAUGAACAUAUUAGUGAAAAAUAUAAAAAUCAAGUCAAUUUUUGUACCAAUAAAAUAGGAGGAAAACCUGAUUAUCCUCCAAAUAUAAAAUUGGAUCCUCCAAUUUGUGGACUUUGUCAACUUCCAAGACCUCUGAUUGUACAAAUAUAUGCUCCUCUGGAACAUUCAGUAUAUCACCGCACACUGUAUUUGUUUGCCUGUAUUAACCCUAAUUGUUGGAAUUUAAAUGAAAGCUGGUAUUGCAUUAGAGUGCAUUCUCAAGAAACGACUUUGGAAUCUGAAGAAACUAUUAGUUCAAAAUCAACAUCUGUUGUAACACAUUGGUGUGAUGAUGCAGAUGACUGGGAUGAUGAUAACAAUACUAAUUUUAACGAAGAAAAUGGUAAUGUUAUCAGCAACAUUGAAAAAGUGUCAGAUGAAGAUGAUGAGAGUUGUUCUUUGGAAGAUUCUUUAAGAUCAGGCUUCGGAAAUCUAUUCGUCGAUGAUAGGAACGCUAAUAAAGGCGCACAAGGAGGGGCUGUAGGUAGAUUACAUUCUCCUUCAGCUACAGCUGAAAUUGAAGGAAAUGAAGGUGAAGUAAUAAGUAUUGAUACUCCAACUUUUCCACAACGCGAUAUUGCCUCACUUCUUCAGGAAGCUGCUCCUCUUCCUCAAGAUAUUUGUCAAUCAGACUCUAGAAGAAUUUCCUCAAUUCAAUUUUCUCCCUAUUUUAUGGCAGUUUGGGAAGAAACGCCAGAUAAACAGCUGGCUAAUGUUAGUGACAGACACGUCAAGGAAUUAUUACAGGAUUAUCAACAAAAAAACGAUGAUAACUCAUAUUUGCUGAGUCCUGAAGGUGGAGUAACUGAAGGAGGAGAAGGUUAUGAAAAAUAUGAAAAAAGUAAUCCUGCCCACGGUGAUAAAAUGUUCCACCAAUUUUUAUCCAAAAUACAAAGUAAUCCUGGACAAAUUUUAAGGUAUAGUAGAGAAUCUUCUCCCAUUCUUCUCUACCCCCUGCAAGAAACAAUGAAGAAAUGUCAAUAUUGCCAAGGAGAUCUCGUAUUUGAAUUUCAGAUACUCUCAACGAUUAUUUCCAAAUUGAAAUUAUCAACUGAUCCUAAACAAAUUGCCAGAUUGGAAUUCGGUACUGUACUGGUAUACACUUGCAGAAAGAGCUGUUGGUCCUCCGACACCAUCUUUAGAACUGAGACUGUGAUUUUACAAAAGGAAUUGUAUUAAUUUUUGGAAAUGAUGGAUUGGAUUCCAUUUUUGUAGAUUUAGUUCAAUUAUGUUGUAAGGUACGGCUAAACUCCUAUUUCACCAAAGAUGGAAUAUUUUUUUUUAAUUUUUUAACAAAAUUGACUGUUGUUUGAAAAUUAAGACACUAAUCUAUAGAAUCAGGAAAUUGGACACUUUUUUGUGUUAUAAUAGUGAACAGAUUACAUAAAAAUCAUUUUUAAUGAAUGAUAGAUAUCAAUAACAAAAAAUUGCACUUUAUAAAUUUCUAGUCUAUUCAAAGUAACUGUUUUUUAUAAACAAUUUAUCUUACAAUAAUAUAUUAUAUAACUACAAAAAUACUGAACGAUUUUGAUAUUAUUGAAAUAAUUUGAACAACAAAUUUUCUUUACUUUUGUUGUUUAUCAAAUUAUAAUUUUUGCUAUUGAAUUCUAAAUAAUUAAUUUUAUUUUUCUUAUCGUUGUUUAUUCUUUUACCUUUUGAGGUAUCUGUUGAGGCUUCUGGUCCUCCUGGUACACUUUUAUUUCACCGUCUUCAAUAUUUGCAAUCUUUCUCAAUUCCAUAUCUUUAUUUUUUACUUCUAUAUCAUACCAAUGGUUUUGGGAUUUUACAAUUAUUGUUAUUUUAUUUUUUUUUUCUAUUUCACUUAUUUUUAAUGCCUCUCUUAUAUUUUAUUUUUCUAUCUAUCACAGUAGCUUCAUACAGGAUGUAUAAAAAUUAAGGAAUAAUAAGUUGUAAUUUUUGAUUUAAGAUUAAUAGAUUUCAAAGUUGUUUACUUAUUUUUUUAUUUAUAAAAAUAUUAUAAUAUAAAAUUUGAUAUACAUAGGGACUCAGAAAUAGAGUUUAAAUCAUUAAAUCUACCCCCCAAUCCCAAAUAUUCCAAAAUUUUUACUUAAUAAAAAUAUUACCACAAUAAUGUGGUUAUAAUUGAAAUAUUCUAAUUUUUCACUUUUUCUAAUUUCAAAAAUUUUAUCUAUGUAGUGAAAUAUGUGUUUAGCUUUUAUAGCAUAUAUACGACAUAUACAAGGUGGUCCAGAAUUAUGCAUAUUAAUUUCUAGAGGAAAUAGUAUCUCCGAAAGCUUCCUUCCUUAUUUACUUUUUCCUAAGACUGAAAGGGGUGAAUUGAGAAUAUUUUUUUUUCAAAUAUCAGUUUAAUUAAUGUUAAGUUUAUAUUUUGACAAUGAUUAUAGUACAUAAGGAUAAUUAAUUUCACAUAACUACUUACUACAUUCCAUAUGAAUAUAGGGUAGUAUUGUUUCAAGAAAUUAUUCACAAAAUUAUUUUUCCAUCUAAAAAAGUUGCUCUUGUUAUAAUUUAUGAUCACAUUCGAUUUAUUUAAACUUGAGGGAAUAUAUGUUUUUUUAAUAUAAUCGAGAAUAUACAAAUUUAUUCAAGCUUCUGCUGUUUUUGACUGUGUCCACUGCAACGGCAGAACUUUCUUCCAGCAUAAGAAAAACUAUUUAAUGAAUCUAUGUUCUAAUAACGUUGAAAAUGAUGCAAUUAAAACAACGAAUUUAUGCCAGGCGAAAAUCAAGACAUUCAGCGUUGUUUUAAAGCAAUUACAUUUCAGAUAAGACAACGAAGAUGUAUGUGUAUCAUGUGAAAUUAGAUUACUGUCUACUGCCUUUUUUCAAUUUAUACCACCUUUGUUUGUAGGGUAAGAGUGGAUAAGACGGCGAACCCAAGGACUGAAGCGAUAGUAUGAUUAAAAGGACUUAUCUAUUAGUAAUUCAUUUUAUGAAGUACAUAAACAUUUAUAAGUACGAAUUACUAAGGCUAAGACAAAAUAUGAUAAAAAUUAUUUAAAAAAACUGCCAAAUUCGUCAUCUUACCCUAAUGUACGGGUAAGAUGACUUUAUCUGCGGGUAAGAUGAUGAAUAUUCAAAGUUAAGUCGAAAUAUUCAACAUAACCAAUUUCCAUUUAAUCAAUAAGAUAAAAAAAUAUCAAUAUUGUCAAAGAUCUAUUUAAACAAAAUAAUAUUGGUAAUACAAAAAAUAAAAAGUUGCAAAUAUUAACGAAACUUAACAUUUAAGUUAUUGACAGAAAUCACAAAGCCACUGUUUAACUUUUGCUUCUUUCACGUCUAGUCCAGUGCAUGCAGCGUGAGCCCAUUCUCCACAUUUGGUGCACAUAUACCAAAAAUCAUUAUUUUUUCUGCGUCGUCACAUUAAAUGCCUUUCAUCACCAGAGCUGAAUAUAUCCAGUUCAUCUUCAGUGUCUAUUGUCUGAACUUCACAAGAUGAUUCUGAAGAUGAGCUAAACACCUUGCGCUUAAUGGUUUUUGAUUUCACUUAUUUUCUUUAACUUCUGGCUUUUUCUUCUUUUGUCGUUCUUUUUCCAUUUUCUCUUUUUGUAUUACUUCCAAAGCUAUUUUAACUAUGUGCUGGAAAUUAUUAAAUAUAUUUAUUUUUAACUUCAGCUAGAGAUAAUGGAGGAAGCCCAGUUCCGUUGUUAUUUGAGGGAGGUGUUAAUUGUUGUUUUUGAUUAGAUUUUGGUAGGUAGAUGGCUGAGCGUAAUUUAAAUUUGCACGUUCACAUAAAACAUUUUCAAGAACUUGUAAAACUGUUGUAGGAUUAGUAUUCUUCUGGGCUUCAAAACGAUUGUCUACAGUUUUGGUCGCUAUAAAAUCUAGGUCAAAAAAGAUAUCGGAAUUUAUAGGUUCUAAUGAACAAGCCUUAAAUCCAUAAAUAAGCAAUAUCUUGAACGAUGAUGGUUCUUCCUGGAUUAUUAACCAAAAAAUUUUCACAGACUACGCUAUAAGCAGUUUUCAUGAGAAAAAAAAAAGAAUCAUCCAAGUAAUGUGAUGUAGUUUUCUCUACAUACAUUUAUGGCAUCCAGAGUUACAUGUGUAGCUUGGUUAUCCAUCAAUAAUAAAAUGGAAGGAGUGCAGAUAUUUAAUAGAGUUUUCUGUUGUCAUCCAUUGAAUCGAUCCUGAGGAAGCACCAUCCAUGAAUGCAAGUUGCAUCCUAACACGGGGAAAAAUUAGCAUCAGUGGAAUAAAUGUACCAACUGCAUUGAUGCGACAUAAAGCUGUAAAAUUUGAUCCUCUUUUGGCUGGAGAUAUUUUGAUAACCCUACGAAUUCCUUUAGGGGUCAGAAUUUUUGGAUUUUUAUUAGGAACUGUGGAAAUCUCUGUCUCAUCACAAUUUUAGAUUUGGUUAGCAGAGUAGUUAUACUUUAGUCUUAGGACUUUUAGAGUGUUAAAAAAUUUGUCAACAUUUUCUUUGUUAAGACAGCUCUUCCUUAUCAACAUUGAAUCUGUGAUCAAUGCUACGAUACUCUGCAUAUUCAAACACAAUUUUGAUAUACUGUUUUCUCGUUAAGCCAAAAGCCCUUUGGUUGACUUCCACAAUGUAAUUCUUCAGAUGUAAUAACUGUUCAUCAGUAAAUGUGGCUUUGGAACGCCCAGCAUGUUGUGUAAAAUUCGGUAACAAAAAAUCCUGCAAAACCACUAAUUGGUAGAUAAGUAAAUACCUGAUUAUCUCCAUACUUCUUAAUAUUGCUUCUGGAAUAGCAAACUCAUUUGAAGCUGAGUUAAUACUUCUACCAUUGUAUUUAACGUCUCUUAUGGCAAACUGUUUCGUUGUCUGGCGUGUGUACUAAGUAACAAAAUAAAAAUGAUUUAGGGUAUUAAAAGCAACAUUUAAUAUGUUAGGAGUCAAUUAAAUUUUCUAGAUUUUCACCAAAUGUGAUUUCUACGAUGUUUACCAACAGUGGCUUACCGAAAAAGUAAUGUCCGCUUUAAAAUCGCCGUCAUUUUCAUCACGACUUGCAAAAACGCAAGGCCACUAAACAGUGUAAAAAUAUGUAGGUAGGUAUGGUGUGUGUGUGCGCGCGCGCAUUACAUUUCUUUCUACGACAGCCGUCCACCAGCAUUGUAGGUGCAAAAAUUAAAUUAUAACAUGAAACAAUCUCUUACAAUGCCAUUUUUAGUUUUAUAUUUCACCCCAAACGUCCAAUCGCCGCCACUGUUAUUCAAUACAGAAGAGCUUAUAGAUUUGUUUAAAUUCAUAUUAAGGUGUGGUACAAUGGACAGAAAAAUAUGUUUAUUGAAUGUAAAACUUCUAUUCUUAAAAUAAAUUAGUAGUCCUGAAGCCUUUCAUCUUAUCCUUUUUUCAUUGUAGAAAUUUUAAUUGAGUUUAAUCUAAUAUUUAUCCACUUUUUCCACACCUUUAUGUCUGACGAAAUUCGUGAUUUUAUGGUUAUUACAUACUUAUUAAAUGGCUAUGACGAAUUAGCACUUUAUUAUGUGAUGGAAUUUUCCAUGCAUGAUAAAAGUAGAGAAAGUAAUAAAAUUUAUAUAAACAUAAAACCAAUGUAAUAAAUUUUUAAAUAAAACUCCCAAUAACAUAAAAAUAUCCGAUAUGAAACUGUAUUUUCGGUAAAACCAAAUAACACUAUUCAAUAAUCAUGUUAAGUAGAGUUCUGGCCCUGUAGUUGUGUAGUAAAUUGAAUUAUUAACAAAAGAAAUGGGUAGGUAAAAUCAUUAACAUCUUUAUAUUAAAUUAUAUUAAUCAUGGAUCACCAAAUUUCACAGUGAAGAUUUUAAAACAGUAUAUUAUAUUUCAACAUUUUAUUUAAAUUAUAAUGAUUUUACAUAUCUGUAACAAGUCAUUAUAGAAUCAGUACUGACUAUACUUUUAUUAGGAGAUACAAUAUGAGUAUGCUGCCAAUAUCAAAGCACGCCUCCUUCAAAAUCCUUUUGCUAUACAUAUAUAUGUAACAAUUACUGUAAUACAACUUUAGAAACAAAA